AUGCGAAUAUCUGGUGGAGCCAAGUUCGGCAAAACUCCAUUUGUCGAUCGUUAUAUGAAAUGGCGAUGGGCUGUGCACGAAAGUUAUACACAAGCAGAGCGAGACAACCUUUCCGCACGGCUCACCGAAUACAAGAAAUGGUUCCUUGGAAAGAAAUUCAAAGUGACAGAGCCUGUACACGUCGGAUCGAUCGUCGUGCUUCCUAUUGAGAAUGAAGCGCCAAAUUAUCGUGACGAUCUACCUACGGAACCAACUUUGCUGAAUCGUGCUUCGUCUUGGAAUAUUUCCCCAAUCACGGAAGGCCCGGAGAUCACAAUCGUUACGGGGGCAAUUGCCUAUCAAUCGCGAAUUCCGAAUCGGCCGGGGCCGAUGCAAAUUAGAGUAUCAGUCGCUGAUCCUCCAGAUAUGAACAUAAUCGCAGGUUAUGCUGAAUGA